AUGACAGCUGUCGUCAUCACCAAAUCAUCAACGCCACCCAGUAUGGUUAUCACCAUGUCGAUGUUUUCGAAAGCUCAGGAGACCGUACAGAAAGCGGUGAGCUCCGCUACUGGUUCUAAUAAGCCGGAUCUCUCGAAAUGGAAUACGGAGGAGAUGCUGGAGACCACCGUUGACGAACACGGAAACCCCGUACCUGACGCCUCAUACACUGAUGGUGACAAGUUGUCGAGAGGAAUCCUCGGUCGAGACGAGGCGGACGCUUACGUAGCGGCGACUGGAACGUUUCACCACUCAACCAAAGAUGAUACUCUUAAGCCGGACUUCUCAAAAUGGAAUACGGAGGAGAUGCUGGAGACCACCCUUGACGAACACGGAAACCCAGUACCUAACGCCUCGUAUACUGAUUAUGAGAAGUUGUCGAGAGGAAGACUUGGUGAUGACGAGGCGGACGCUUACAUAGCGGCGACUAAAAACUUUCGCAAGCCAGCCAAAGAUUUUGUUGACUUCGAUUAG